GUCAUUGCCGCCAUUCUUGAAGAAAAGUUUUUUCGCGGAAAAAAAGAAAAACUUCCUGGCACUUCCUGGAAGUUCCUGGCACUCUAGAUUAACAUGGAUCACACGAAAGCACAGCCAUCAAAAAACACAACUCUACCUUUAUCUGAAAAAUCUAGUGUCAUUCAUACAAAUGAUGAUACGGAUCCCAAUAUAAAUCUUGACGAUGACAUUGCCAUUACACAACAUGAGGCUGUUAACAUGGUUCAAGAUGAUUGCGACAUUGCAAAUGCUGGUGAUGGUGAACAUGCUGAACAACUGAAUUUAAGUUCUCAAUGUAUGGACAUUGAUAAAAAAGAAGUUUCAGAAGGCCAUACUGGGAACCAGGAUCUUGAAGGACCAACAUUGCGAGACAUCAUGUACUUUAGGGAUCAUCUUCUUGAAAUGGUAGAGGAACUUCGCAUAAGAAGGGUUGCAGAGAGAGGAUAUGAUGAGCAGAUAACAGCUAUGAGGAAAGAUAAUCAGGAACUACAAGAAAUCAAUGCUGGAAUUCUGUCUCAACUUGCAGACAUGGAGAGUACACAUACAACAAUUAUAGCUGAGACUGAGAAAUCUCACCAGGCAAUGCUGACUGCUGCUAAGAAAAUUGAGGAGAAGAAAGUGAAUGUUGCAGAGAAUCUGGAGAAAGAGAAUGAAGCUUUGAAGAUGGAAAUACAAACAUUCAAGGUUAAAGAGUAUGAAAAAGAGAAACAAGUUACUGAUUUAGAAAGGUCCCUACAACUACUGAGCAGCAACAAAGACUGGGGCAUGAAACAGCUGGUUACAAUAGAGGAGACUUGCCACCAAUUGACCUCUAAGUUAGAACAUAUUGAGGAAAGGAGACUCAAGCUUGAAGCCAAUGUUGAGAAGGCAACAGAAUUGAAUAAAAGCCUAACAUUGGUGAAUCUCCACCAAGAAUGUAUGACAGAGGAACUGAGGCAGGAGAACAAGGAGCUACAGAGUCUCCUUAGGGAGACAAGAGUUCAGAAACAUAAGGAACCAGUUGAAGAUAACCAGAAACUAACACAGGCUGAGCUUACUGUAGAGAAGCUCAACCAACAACAUAAACUGCUUUGUACAGAAAUUGGUGAUUUAAAGCAAGAUCUGGAAAAAGCAGAUAUUAAACAUAAGGUUGAUGCGAAGUUACUGGAAGAAUGUCACAUAGUGCUUAGUAAGCAGGUAGAUUGCGGGGAGGGACAGACUGUACAAAUCAAACAGCUUGAGGACAACCUGAAUGCCCUACAAGACAAACAUACUAGCCUAGAAGAGCUACAUAGGGAGACUGACAACAAGCUGAAAGAGAAAGAAGAAUUGUGUAACCAACUUAGAAAGACAUUGGAAGUGAAAGAGAAUGAACUGAUUGAUCGUUACACAAGACUUAAUGAGGAGUACAAGCAACUUGUUAUAUCUCACACAUCACUGGAAGAUCACAACACAAAGUGGUCAGACACAAACCUGCAGUUAACCAAUCAGAUACAGCAAUUAAAGGAUGAAGCCAAAAAGGUGGAUCAACUAGAUGCUUUGGUCCAAACGGACAUUACUCCGACAAACAACACUCUUGUUCAGACUGAUACAGCACAUAAGAUGGAACACUCAACUCAAACAUACAUAGAUAUUGUCCCAAAUAAGGAAUCCCAGAAGGUAUCUAGCACAACAGCUUCAACUCAGACUUACACAGACAGUUCCAGUUCCCCUCAUCCUGAGAACCAGGAGGUUAUCAAUGAGUCAUUGGUAUCUCCAACAGCAAGUGUAUCUGGAGAACUUGUCAUAGAAUCCACCAUGGAAGUAUUAAAAUCUCAAGAAUUAAGACAAUCUACUAAAUCGGUGGCAGGAGCUCCUAAUAAACAGUCUCAAAAACUCUCAACAACUUUUCCAGUCUCAAAUGAAAUAAACAGUGAACCUGUAGGCAUUCCUACAACUAAAGAUACUACUACAAUUGAAGGAUCAACAAAUAAGCCAUUCAUUUCAAGCAGCUAUACUGAUGCUGAUCUAUCUGCUAGUGUUGAAACACUUGGAACAGAUGGAGCAGAUGAACCUCAGUCUAAAAUAGACAUUUCUAAUGUACAUGAUAUAAGUAAAAAGGACAAAGCAAACAAAGUUAUGGAUACUGUUAAUGAAGAUGCAACCAUAAUACCAGCUACACCUAUUGAAAGAAUAAACAGGUGGCACAACAAGGAACACCAAAGAGAAGACAUCGGGAAGUUCAACCUAUGAAAAUGCCAUCCAAUGUAUCCAUACUACUAAAUAAUGGCUGUCCCGUGCUGGGUAAUGCUGAUGAUCAAGACAUCCCAUCUUCAAACUCCAAGAACUCUUACUCAAAAGCUGCAUCCUUGAAUCACCUUGAAAUGCCAUUACAGCCUCAGACCAUUUCUCCAAAAGCACAAACUUCUCUUGUCAUUGAUGAAAUCACAAGUUCAAAUCCUAAAGCAAUGUCUAAGAAACUUCUGUUCAUAGGUUCCAACGUCACGAAUGAAAAUCUAAAUGAACAGAUUUCAGUUCCACAACCCAUAUCUUCCAAACCCCAGGGUGUUUGUUCAAAUCCAUUGCUCAAAUCAGUGAUCAAACCUCCUCAGCAGAUCACCACUUGUCAACAAACGCCUACCAAUGAGAGCAAGGGAAAACUACCGGAGAGAUGCAAAGACAGUCCAAUUGUAGCUCUUACUAAAACUCUCAGCGACCUGACCAAUAGGCAUAGCACUCCAACCAUGUUCACCCCCAGGUUACCUUCUGAGCCAUUAUGUGAGAGCUCUUUCACACUAAAGACAUUGUCAUCUACUACACCCAAGCAGUCUAGACCUGCCCCUAUGUUCAGUGUAGCCACAGGAGGUGUCAACUGCUCAUCAACUGCAGCUACAAUAAGGCCAAGUGCAUCAUCUGAGUUAGCAGGGAAGCCUGCAAAGAGAAGAUGUAUGGACAUUGGAUCUGUACCCACUGCAACCAUAUCUUCAACUGACAACAUCUCAAAGGGUGAUCUAUCAAGUGGUGAAUUAUUCUCUGAUGAUGAAGAUGAUCAAAUAGAACUAGGCAGUCAACUAACCAGAAUUGAGAAGUUCCUCAAACAGGAUAAACUGAAGAUUACUAAGAAACCGCUCACCAGAUAGACUUUCAUGUAAAAUACAACCCCCUUCAUAAGUUUGGUAACUGAAAGUGUCAAUAUUGGAGAGAGGACUGAAGUGUAACAUUGAGAAUACCAGGUGCUCAAUAUUGUCACCUCUUCCCAUUUAUAAC